GUGACCCCAGCCAGUGGGCCGUCCCCUCCCCACACUGACACCCUCACCGCCCAGAGCGCUGCAGCUCCUCCGCUCCCCUGCCCCCCCGUCCCAGCCCCCCCAGUGCUAACAGCCGGGGUGUCUGCGGCUGGGGAGGGGCUCGUUCUGCGGCGGGAGGCAGGAGUCCCCCCAUCCCGGGGCAAGCAGGGGCCAGGGCUGGAGAAAGAACCCAGGAGUCCUGGCUCCCUGCUGCCUGCAUGAUGCCUGCAACUCGGUGGCCCCCUGAAAUGACAAAGUGGAGGGGCAACCACUGAGUUACGCUGACAGGGACAGCACCUCCCGGGACGCGAAGCCGACUGGGAUCAGCCGCUCCUCCCGCCCUGCAGGACCCCCGGGCCGGGCAUUGGGACCCCCGGGGCGUGGCGAGGUGUGACCGGAGCCCCCGGGAAGCAGGUGGAGCAGUAACGCCCGGGCUCCCCGGCCCCUGGUGCCGUGCAGCAUGGUCCUGCGGGAGUCUCCGUUCCCGAACCGGUUCCUGAGCGGCCUAUACAGCCUGGGACAGUACCUGCUCUUCCCCAGCUACUGGGCCGCUGACUGCCUGCUCGACCUCAGAGAGACCACGGCGGAGCGGCAGCAGAGCUGGUGCCGGGGCUGCCCCUGCUCCCCCCUGCGGGCAGUGGUCACCGGCCCCUUGCUGCUGCUGCUCCUCCUCCUCUCCAUGCCAGUCGCCCUCCUGGGCCUGCUGCUGUGGCUCCCGCUGCAGGCUGCCCGCAGGCCCUUCGCCUACAAACACACCACGCCCUCACGCCACCCAGAGCCGUGGGAGCUGCCGGGCACGGGCAAGGCCUUCAGCUUCGUCAGCGCCAACGUGUGCCUCCUGCCCAAUGGCCUGGCCAAGUUCAGCAACCUGGGACAGAUGAAGCAGCGCGUGGCCCGCAUCGGCCAGCGCCUCACGCAGGGGGAGGCCAGGGCCAGCUUGGCCAGCCCCAGGAGCAGCCAGUUCCUGCUGCCCACCAAGUACGGGACCACCAUGUCCAGCCCACCGCGGUCGGGGAGCAGUGCCCGCUGCCCUGACGCCAGCGUGGUGGUCGAGAUCCCCGACGGGGAGGGAGGGGCUGGGCCCGGGGAGAUCUCGGCGCCCUUCCCGCCGGAUGUGGAUUUCCUUUGCCUGCAGGAGGUGUUCGACCAGCGAGCGGGCGCCCGCCUGUGCCAGCUGCUGAGCCCCUUCUACGAGCACAUCGUGUACGAUGUGGGCACCUGCGGGCUGCCUGGGUGUUGUACUCUCAAGGUCUUCAACAGCGGGCUCUUCCUGGCCAGCCGCUACCCCGUGCUGGCCGCCCAGUACCACUGCUACCCCAACGGCACUGGCGAGGACGCGCUGUCCGCCAAGGGGCUGCUCUCCGUGCAGGUGCAGCUGGGGGAAGCCCACGGGCAGAGGAUUGUGGGCUACCUGAACUGCACACACCUGCACGCUCCAGCCGCCGAUGCACAGACCCGCUGCGACCAGCUCACCCUGGGGCUCUUCUGGGUGCAGCUGUUCCAGGACGCCCACACGGAGCGAGGGGACGUCGUCGCCUUCGACGUCUUCUGCGGGGACUUCAACUUCGACAACUGCUCCUCAGGGGAUGAGUUGGAGCAGACCCACCACAUCUUCCAGCAGUACCAAGACCCAUGCCGAGUGGAGCCCAAGAAGGACAAGCCCUGGGCCAUAGGCACCCUGCUGAACUACCUGGAGAUCUACGAGGAGGCCGUGUCGACCCCAGAGAAGCUGAAAAGCACCCUGGAGCAAGAGGAGGGCAGGCGGAAGUACCUGGCCUGUCCCAUCCUGCAGGACGGCCGUCCCGACCCCUCGGCAGCAGGGAGCCCCCGGGAAGGGCGUCGCAUCGACUACAUCCUGUACCGCGAGCACCCCACCCCCAUCAGCCUGACAACGGAGGUGGAGAAGUUUUCCUUCAUCACCCAGCUGGCCGGCUGCUCGGACCACAUGGCUGUAGGGCUGCGGCUGCUCCUCAACCCUGCGCCGCAGUGACGGCAGCGAGUGUGAACCCCGGUGUCCGGGGCGGAAGGUCGAUGGAGAAUCCUUGUUAUGGUGGAGCUGGGCAGGGCCCUCCCCCUGCCUGUGCCCCCCUCCCUCCGGACUCGGGUAGGCUGCGAGGCCUGAGACCUGGUGGGGCUGUGCAGGGCUGUGUGGGGCCAGAGUCACCCCCAGGGGCUCUGCUGGUCCCGUGGAAGGUGGGUCUGUGCUGGCCAGAGCCCCCGGUCAGUGCCCCAAGAGGGGGACAGCCCUGACGCCUGGCUUCUGGGCUGGCGGGGGCCCAAGGAGGAGGCUGCUCUGCUGCGCCCCCUCUGCCCAGUGAGGCCCAGCACCCAUGGGUCUUGACUUGGGGUCCGCAGGGGAUCGCUGGGGUGUGGAGCUGCCUCUGCAGACCUCACCCACUGCAGCAGGACGGGGGGCCGGCUAUUUCCCAGGCUGCCAGCCGGCUUCCCCACCUGACAGCGCAGCACCCCUCCCGGCUCAGUGCCACGUGCUCCCUGGGUCCAGCCGGCCCUUGGGCCCCCUCCCCAGCCCGUGAGCCGGGUGUUAGCUGGGCAGGGGCUCCCCGGAGCUGGCGUGGGCCCGACAGGGCCACGUCUGCCUCUGCGCAGCAUCGCGAGCCUCAGCUGCACGCGAGGCCUGUCUGUCCCUCGGCAGGGCAGAGUGCCCUUCUGCUGAGCCGUGGCUGCCAGGAGGGGCUCCCCUCUCCCCUGGGUCACCUGGCCCCCCUGGGGAAUCAAUAAAGUUU